CCCCCCCCCCCACCCCCCCGUAAGGGUCACUCCAUGCUUCAGAGGAGAGCACAAGGGUGGUCUGCGCUCUCACAAACUGACAAAUAGAGGUUAAGAUGAGGACUGCAGUGUGAGCAUGACGGAGCAUUACAAAGUGCCGAAAAGGCACUAAAAAAAUAAGUGAAACCUGCCAGAAAUUCAGUGUGUGCGAGUAUUUCUGAUUUCCAUUUAGAUAAAAUUUAGUUCUAGUCACUAAUUUUCUUUUUAUGGGGGGAGUCAGUAGCUACAUCCAUCCAUUACAUAUGAAAUAUUCUUUCAAGGUCAAUAUACCACUGUAAAUAUUACAACAGAAAUCAGAAAAUUCUGCUUCCCAAUGUUGACUUUCUUAAAUUGGUUUAUUUCAACACCUGCUAACUGUCUGCAUCCCGAAACCAAAGAUGAAUUGGCCAGCAGAUCACGUUUCUUCUCAUUUUUCUACCGGUUAUUAUUUUUGCUAAGGAGAGCCAUGGUAAAUGGUCAUUAGUUCUUCCACAUGUGCACAUAAUGCGCAACAGAGGUAAUGGGAGAUCUAUUUUCAGAACAUACGCAUUAUGCACCUCAUUAUUUAAUCAAGAUCAAGGGUUUAUUUGCGAUUAAUCACACUUAAACUAAACACCGCUGUUUGGUUUUUGGUGGUUAGAAGCAAUGAGAUGACCCCUUUCACCAUGAUGGAUGGCGCUGGUACGCUUUUUGCGCCGGGACGUUAAAUGGACUGCGGACAGGUCCGUGAGCAGGGAAGAAGUGAUUCGUAUAAAUUAUUCCGUUCCCUUAUUUACAUAGGCAAGCUAAGACAGCCUAAUUAUGUGUGUAAUUGCAACUGUAAAACUACAUCAAAUUGGCCCUUUCCUGUUCUCCUGAGACUGUGAGUCUAGCCUUUUUAAAGCAUAAUAGUGCAUAAUUCCUCCAAGGUCAAGUAGCAGGGUUUUGCCCCUUUCAGUCUGUCUGACUGACCUUUCUGUGAGUUUAACACGUCCCUCCAGUAAGGAGCCAGUAAGGAGGGGUACCUUUGAACUUCACCGUUUGCUAAUUCCAUGCCACUCUGAACUGGCAGGCAACCUAAAAUACACAUGCCUGCUUCACGGUCCAGUGUAAUGAAGCAAAAGCUGUUUGUCUGCUCAGUGUCAGCACUGCAAUGAUCGUGCCAUAGCUUGACCAGUAUGGAGAAGAUUGAACAAGGUUAAACAAGGAUUUAAAAGCCAUUAAAUUUUAUUAUUUAUUCUUAAGAUGCCCUUUUGAGUAAUCAGUCAUAAAAGAACAUCUAAUGGGGUCAAACUCACACCCCAUUCCAUGUUCUUUUGAUUUCGUACUCAGCUAACCAAUCAGAGGAGAGCUCAACAGUAUCGAUAGCAGGCUCCGAGAGAGGAAUCAAAACGCAUCAGCGAGAUCUCCCGCCCCUACUCCAAGGGAGGGGUCACAGAGGACAAAGUGGUCCACCCCUAGGGGGAACCCUUCAUUAAUUCAGGGGCAGUCUGCCUAAUGGGACCCAGAUGUGUCGACCUGGGAUCACCACUGUGUAAUUCGGGUGAAGGGUAUCAUCCGUCCGUGGGGUCAGGACGGGGCCCUCUGACCCAUCCAGACAGCCGAAGGUCAGGUAACCGUAGAAACCUGAAGACACCCAGCACAGUUUUUUCUCACUCAGCACCCGAGGGUGUGUCUGGCUAUCUGGUCCCCCAGCAUGCAGGUCAUCUUUCAAAGGUUCCAUGGAGCAUGGCAGAGAAGGGGUUCAUUAAAAGCAUGUCAUCAAUUUGUUUCCCGUGAACUUAAUACGGAAGCGUGAUAACUUUGGUACAUCUGAUUUAGAUCUGAAUUUUUCUGUGGUCAUAUUUACCAGCUACAGUUAUGCGUGUCAUUCAGUUUAAAGAAUUCCAGCGAUGCAAUCUGGCCACUGUGUAUUUUUCACGAAAUACAGCAUAAGGAUAAGACAGACCAGGGAUUCAGUCAGCAAUCUUGUGUUCCAAAUAAUUUUUAAAUGAUCAAAGUAACGCAGGAUUAGGGGGAAAGCACGUUUAUUCUUUUACUGCAUAACAUCCUUUGCCGGUUGUGGAUUGCUGUGGGAUUAAUGACUUCCUUUUCGUGACUGUGGGCCAAGAAUAGCCUACGCACUCGCAUGGAAGAAAACUGCAUAACUCCCUGCCACUUGGGUUUCAAAGGAGACUAAGUGUCAGACUUUCAAUGCACUCAUCCAAGUUCUACCCAUGAGAUUGUGGACAGACGUGGUCAGAGGUAGACUGCUUUGGAAAGGCUUUCAAGGGUUCCUGUUUAGGUUCCUGACCAGCAAUUAGCAUCAGGCUUUCAGAGCAGGUCAUAAACAAAGGCCCAUUGAUUCUAUUUCUAUGACCCUGUUUCACACUGAAAACUUUUGCUCACUUGUAUAAAUUAGGAAAUUUGCCUCAUGCCCUUUUCUGCUUGUAGCCAAACUUGUACGACAUGGAUUUCCUAUCCUCUCUAUUGUCAUAAUAGUAAAGCAUUUUCUAUCUAGACCUAAUUUUUAAAAAAAAACAAAGACAAAGAGCCAUUAUAUAUCUGGUGCAUAGUAAGUCACCAAAAGUCAGAUAUAACAGACAUUUCUAUGGUGCGCAUCCCAGUAGGUCAAAAGAACCUAAUUGUGGACAAUUUCAGCACCAUCUUUUAUUAAACACUUAUUUUUAAACUGCAGUGAAACCAUAAUAUACUGUAAAAUAUUAGGAUAGGUUUCCCAAACGCUUAUGGAAAAUCAAGUAAAUCUGUCUUUACUGACAGUGAUGAAAAACAGAGGCGAAAACCCUGUUUAUAUAACCACCACUUCCAAAAUGUCUUAUUAAAACCAGAAUAGUAAAAGGGCUUCCUGUACACUGGUAAGAAGUAUGGCACUUUAUUUGUGGUCACUUUUAAAUUAAUUUAUGCUACUUAAUUACUGAAUGCAUUGCAAGGAUGGGGUGCAGUGCGUCGGGGUUUUUGUGCCAAAUGCGGUUUUUUUCCUUUGUGUGCCUGUGUGUGUCAAUGAAAGCCUGACCAUAAUAAAACUGGAAUAAAUGCCAAUUUUUUUUACACAAGACGAUUCAUAAGACAGACAGCCCUUUCCAGUGUUUAUUACAGACAGGCUCUGCGUCAGCUUUCCGUGCGAUGUGUUAUAUACGUUUUUUUUCUCCUUUUUUGCUGUAAAGUUCACUCUCUCUAUUUUCUGCCCGUUUCUCUCACCCUUUUUUUCAGGGCCCUCCUGGACGAGCUGGCUUUCCGGGUGACAAAGGAACAAUGGGGAUUCCUGGAAGAAUGGGGUUAAAGGGCGACGCUGGGGAAAAGGGGGCGCCAGGCGAGCCAGGCCUGUCUAUCAUUGGCCCACGAGGACCCCCUGGACAGCCUGGAACAAGAGGAUUUCCUGGAUUCCCGGGUCCGAUCGGAUUGGACGGAAAGCCGGGCCAAAGUGGACUGAAGGGAGACCUGGGUCCACGAGGUCCGAAAGGAGUUCCAGGUGAACCAGGCCCUAAGGGGGAAAAGGGUGUUUGUGGAGAUUAUUCUCACAGGCAGAUGCUGCCCAUCACCGUACGCAACAUGCCCCCAAUAAACCAUCUAAUGCUAAAGCACCAGCUCAAGCAGGGCGAGCCCGGAUUGCAAGGUCCUCCAGGACCUCCGGGGGCUCCAGGGACCCCAGGGCCGGCCGGCACUAAUGGAUUACCGGGAAAACCAGGUGAACCUGGAAAGCCAGGAAAGGACCCAAGGAUGUUACCUGGAAUGAAGGGUGAGCCGGGCACCCCAGGGCUGAAGGGAGAUCGUGGCGAAGCUGGCCCCCUAGGUCCCCCAGGUCCUCAGGGACCAAAGGGAGAUCAGGGGUUCAAGGGAAGUGAAGGGGAAAUGGGUCUGAAAGGAGAGAGAGGAGAAAAGGGACACCCAGGAUUUCCCGGUAUUCCUGGUCGAAAGGGUCAAGCUGGUAUUCCCGGUAUUCCUGGAAAGAGGGGAUACAGGGGUGACAAGGGGGAGCCCAGUACAGGAGGAGCUGGAAUCAAAGGAGAACCGGGCCUGCCCGGGCCUACAGGACCCCUGGGGCCCAAGGGUGACAAAGGAGAUUCAGGUGUAACGGGGGAGACAGGACCAGAGGGGCCAGCUGGGCCAAGAGGUCCUCCUGGUCCAAUGGGCGAACCAGGGAAAUCUGAAACUAUCGACUACAAUGGCAAUUUCAAUGACAAAUUCUUGGAUAUUCACAACGUGCCUCUGAUGGGUCCCCCUGGACUACCUGGGCCUCCUGGGACACCUGGAACAAAGGGUGAAGUUGGAUUGCCAGGCCCCCCCGGUCAUGAUGGUGAAAAGGGUCCCCGCGGAAAGCCGGGAGACACGGGGCCAGCGGGUCCGAGGGGCCCCGAGGGGCCCAGAGGGGAAGGAGGCGUCACGGGCUUCCCCGGGCCGAAGGGCGACAAGGGGGACGCGGGCCCCGCUGGAUCGCCCGGAUUAGAUGGCCCUACUGGUGAAAAGGGCGUGGCGGGCCCACCUGGUCCCAUUGGAUUACCAGGCUCAAUGGGUCAAAAGGGGGAAGCUGGAGAGAAGGGUGGGAGGCCAGACAUGGUCCAUGGGCCCCCUGGGCCCCCAGGACCACUAGGACCAGCUGGCCCCGUGGGAUCUCCAGGACUACCAGGGCCAAAGGGGGAGCCAGGUAUUGGCAUCAAGGGGGAGAAAGGAGGACUUGGACUGAAGGGAGAAAAAGGAGAUAGGGGCCAUCUUGGGCUGCCCGGGGCUCAUGGUCUAGACGGCAGGCCGGGUCCAGUGGGUCUUGUAGGACCGGUUGGGGUUCCAGGGCCAGCAGGACCAAAGGGGGAGAGGGGUAUCAAAGGUGAUACAGGAUUUCCAGGACCAAUCGGGCCACAAGGCCUCCCUGGUAUAGAAGGACCACAUGGACUGAAAGGAAACCGGGGGGAGAGGGGCAAGAAAGGCAACAGGGGGGCCAAGGGGGAUAAGGGAGACCAAGGAGCGCCUGGAUUAGAUGCACCCUGUCCGUUGGGGGAGGAUGGGUUACCUGUACCUGGCUGUUGGAAUAAAGGGGACACUGAGCCUCCAUUUCCCUGGCCAAGAGGUAACGGCACGGGAAGAAUCGAUUGGAAAGGAGCCGUUUGAUGCUGCGCGAGGAAACUUGAAGAAAUUCUGAGAUAUCUUUGAGUUAUCUCCCUUUUGAAGAUUUUCAAAUGUACCCAGUGGAUGUACAACCCUGUAAUUCUGGACUCUCCAGAGGGGGGCAGCAGUGGGCAGAUUGACUUCAACAAGACAUUUUUUUUUCUUUUCUUUUCUUAUAUUCAUUUGGCUGUUGAAGACAUCACAAAUGAAAAGGGAUCGAGGACCGGGGUUACAGAUACAUUUCUUGAGUUUUUGUAUGCCUUUUUAAAUUUUUUAUUCACUAUGUGAAAGAAACAUGAACUUUUUUAUAGCGUACUUCCUGUUUGUUUUUCUUCGACGCUAACGGCUGCGAUCCCGGAAUUCUGCGCAGCUCACUGAACUGAAGCGCCUUCAUGGCGUGCGUGGGGUUUUUCCACCAGACACUGAUUUUGAUGAUUCCUGACUUGAUUCUCUCACUGCCGACCGUUACUGACCCGGGAUAUCAGGCCGUAACUCUGUGCCUUUAUCUCCGGACGUGACGUAACAUCAACAUAAAUGCAUAUACACAUGGCCAAGGAAUUACCAACAUAAUUGCAAAUGUGUACAUGACUGAGGAAUUAAUACAUAUAUACGUAGGUAUUUAAAAUGUGCACUACGACACUUCCGCUGUUUGCAUAAAAAUACAGUUGAGUUGUUUGUUUGUUUAUGUAUGAUGUAUCAUAUGCACACAUGCUUGUGUCCAGUCGUUUCCCUUGCGGUAGUAACAGUGAAAAUUAUAUACUUUUGGAAACUCGCUGCAGGGCAAUGGAGAAUAACUUCUUAGGUGUCACUCCAGCGUAAUUAUGGUUUUAACUUGCGGUGAUUGUACCGCGCUAUAGCUAAAUGAGUUUACCAGCUCCAUUAAGUUAACGAGCAUUUUUUAGUAUUUAAGAAAAUAGUAGCUUCCCUGUGUUUGGACCCCCAAUGAUUCCAUUAUGAAAAGAGUGUUCUGGAAUGUUGUGAAUUUAUAUCAACGGCAGCUACUAUGCAUGGGAACUGAAUGCACAUACUGUAGCCUACACAUAAACACAUAUGUAUGUGUCUGAGGGAUAGACCUCAUAUAUUACAAUUAUUUUUGGUAAUCACAAAUUUACAAAUUAGCCAAGUAAUCGCAUGCGGGCUUGGUCGGAUAUUUUUGCAUUAUCAAAGCUCAUUUUGAAAGUCAUUGAAUUAGUUUAAUUUUAAGGGCUUUACAUUUAAGUAAACAAGUCAUAAAAGUACAGCCACUGUGCUGUUUUUUUUUUUUACAACACUAAUUCAUAUAGAGACCAUGCAUUUGUCUGCCUGUGCUUACUAACACUAAGAAUGUGUCAGAUGUUCCUGUGAUGUGGCACUCAUAUAGUAUAUUUGGAUUUCAUUUCAGUAACCAGUUUUCUCAUCAGAAACAUAUUUUUUACUCACAUAUUUAUUUGCUUUUUGAAUUUGUAUAUCAUUAUAAUCGGGAGUAAUCCUAUGAGUGACAUCAACCACAACAUUAAGAACAAUAUGCGAUUAUCCAAAAUACAGCUAUAUGCAGCUUAUCCAAAUUAAUAACACCAAAUAUAUAUUUUAACUAACAAUCUAACACCCCACCUCCUAGUACCGGAACUCUACUAGCUGGCCUUGCCCAUGACCAUUCCAGGGGAGAAUUAUGGUCCUUUACCAGGGAAGGCAUAGACAUAGCUAUAUUUAUAAACCAGUAAAAUAACUACCUUAUCGCAGCAAGGGAUAAGCUAUCAGCUGGAAGAGAGAGACAUGUUUUAAAGUUGUGCUUUACCUUACAAUACACAUCUGAGACUGUAACAAUUAGAUUUAGGGCUUUCCUUAACUAAACGAAAAGAUCAAAAUAGACACCAUAAGGCCUGUUUGUGUGUGUGACACUUUCUAUAUGCAACAAUCUAACCAAAAUAUAACUUAUGCGAGCAUCUAGUCAUGUCUCUCAGAGAAAUAAUAUGCUUCAGCAAGGAGAGGUCUAGAGAAUGACACACCAAACCCUCAUAUCCCAUGGCAAUCACUCUCACCAGUUUUAAUUUCUUGACUUGGUUUUUGUUUAAAAGGCAAUGCAUUAACAAUGUCCACUCAAGCAUUCCUCAUCUCAUGAUAAUUUAAUCGUGAAUCUCUAUAACUUAUCACAAUGCGCAUCGACAGUAUUCAUAAAAACAAGGAAAAUUGUAAAUAGUAAGAAUCACGUUCUCGGAUUGUCCGUUUCCUCAAUGAAAUAUUUUCAUACAACUACAACUUGUACAGUAGAACAUAAAAGCACAUACAUAAUUUUCAAAGGUAGACAAAGAAAGAAAAAAUAUAUUUGUCAUAUGAUGCAUAAGUGAUGAUAAAUUAAGACCUUUACAUCAUUUGUAAUCACUAAUGUUGGUUCUAAUGGAAGUUCAGUUCUCACAGGUGUGCAGCGUAGCCAAUGGCAGAAAUUGAUCUGCGAUUGCGCAAGCUCACUAUCUGCCAAAGCAAUGUUGAAUACUCAAAUGCACAUACAACUAUGCAACUGAUAACACUGUCUAUGUAUAUAUGGUUUGAAGACUGAUAUCAAAGUUGUGAUGCACUUUUUUUUUGGCAUUAAUUUCCACAAUUUUCAAGGGACCCGCAUGGACGCAUGUUAACAGAGAAAGAGCUCUACACAGCUUGGUGGGGCAGCUUUGCAAGUGCAUGUAUUUGAAGCAUAUUUUCAUGUCACAAAUUCAAAUGCCCUUUUUCGAGUAAUUGUACACUGCCAGCCCCCUAGCGAGAGCUGCAAGCUGCCAACAUGGUCAGAAGAGUUAAUUUACAGAAAAAUCUCAAAGCUUCACUUUUGCUUUUAUAGUUCAUUUGCCAACCCCCCCCCCCCCCCCAAUUCCUCCAGUAUAUAUAUGCAGUAUAUACUACUGUAUGUUUCAAUGAAAGUCAACACAUGAUUUUAAGAACAAAAUAACCUUAAGUAGGUGUUCAUUUUUGAGGUAUAUCUUUUGAGAAUUUAUUUACAUAUUUUUGUAGAUUUCUUUGAAAACCUUAAAGUAUAACAAGGGCUUCAAUGUUAUGGAGAAGUGGUUAGAGGAUAAACAUCAGUAUUCUAUGUACAAUUAAUUUAUAAUUCCUGUAUCCAACAUAAUCCUACUGGAUAUGGCAUGUGUUCAACCAUCCAAAAUGGUUAUUUAUUGCAUUUCUUUAGUCAAAGUACAACAGUGAGCAAUCACUUGAUUUGUACUAAUGCAAUAUAUAACUGGUGCUUUGAAAACUGUGCAAACAGGUGCAUAAUAUAAUGUUUUGACUAUAAUUUAAUUUAAUUUUAAUUUAUAUUAUCCCAGUGCAGACCUCAUCGAACGGUGCAUGCAGUAUGAAGCACUGUUCUUCUCUGCAAAAAUGUUUUUAAUUUCUGCCCACACAUUUUGAGUGAGCACUCCUUUUACAUGCAAACACAUUUAACUUACUGAAGAUGUUCCCAAGUCCAAACGAUCCAUUUGGAUUUAUCAUUUUUUAAAUGUCUUUAGCUAGAUGAGCAGUCACCUAUUGCCUUAGCGCAGUUUAUAUAGGGACAUCUUUGUAAUUUCAGAAAGCAUAAAGGCGUGUUUGCUUAUUACUGAUAUUGAUAUUUGCACAUCGAUUGCAGUAUUUGGUAUCUUGCCAAGACUCUAUAGAAGAUCGUAUGACAUUAGAUAUGUAGAUUCUAUUUUCUUUUGUAAAUAAUGUACUGUGGACAAGAGAUAUUGUCUCUGUCUAAUUAUUGUUUGUAUGUACAAUAUGUUUUUCAUGUAAUUCUUUAUCAGACAAUCUGAAUUCAAAUCUGGUUUGAUCUAUUUACUCUAGAUUUUUGAUUUAAUAUUUAGCAAAUUGUUCAUUUGGGCAGAGGUCAGUUUGUGUGUCUGCUGCCUAAAUUCCAUUGAAAAGACACUAGCAUUGCAUUGAAAUGACAAAAUUACACUUCUAGAAUUUGGAUGUUGAACUUGAAAAGCAAUGAUUUACAGUCGAAAAAGACUGCAGUAGUGUCUUGCUUCAUUGGGUACCAGUAGCCAUUAUACGUGUGCUUACUCUGUUUUAUGAUGAACACACUGGUUUUCUUCAGAAAAAAAAAACAACUUUAUGUAUAAUAAUUACUAUCAUGCGAUAUUAAUUAAAUCAUUUAUGUAAACUUUAUGAUAGGAAAUAUUUCUCCCGUCUGAAAUGUGUUUUAUAAGCCAGUCUGUUCAAUGCAUUCUAAUUUGUAAUGGAAUUAGCUGUUGAUUUUGUAUAUUAAAAACAUUUAUUGUAUUUUUACUAUAAUAUAAAGAGCUAUAGAGUAAAUUAUUUAAAAAACAAAGCAUUUAAAUACUCUAUAGGACAUCCACUGUCUAAGUAUGUAUUUUGUUAGAUCUUAAAUAUCAGUCGAAUACACAAUAUGUGUGUUGUGAUGAAGAUGUGUAAUAUUCUGAAUGUUUGUGUGAUGAUUUGUAUUACUGUAAUUUUCAGUAUUACUGACUGAGAAACAAUGAGGGCAUUUAUUUCAAUGCAUUUGAUGACAAUUUCUUGAUCAGCCGAUCACUUGCAUGUUGUUGUUAUGUUGUUUAAAACAGUGCACUAUUCAUUAUAUUUACAUUUUUUUUAAACUGUCAUAUUUCAGACGGUGCCAUUUUUAUUUUUUAACCAAAGUAUUUCAAAAGGUACAUGUUUUAUAAGCCCUGUCAACACAACCACAACUAUUUAAUUGUUAGUUGCUUUCUUUUUUGGCCUUGCUGAUUCUUCAGUACUGGAAAAUAAGUUCAAAUGGAACUUUUCUUCUAGAUUAAAAAAAAAAAAGCAAUUCAAAUUCAGUGGUAGGACAGAGGAUCAGUAAGAAUGUAAAAUUCUGAAUUCAAUCAGUGUAAAUGUAUCUUUGUUAGAUGCAUGUAGAAUUUAACAAAUCCAAUGUAAAUAUAUACAUAGAAAUAUUUUUAUUUCCUUUCCAGAAAUGUAUUUUCUUUACCAAUGUGUUUUUUAACCAGAGAAGGCAGCUGAGUAAAUCACUGAAUGCCAAGUUCUGAAACAAAUAAAUAUGAAAAUGCAAUGUGCAAUGAGAAAAUCAUAUCAAUAAUUCCAAAAGGGUUGACAAUGUAUUUGAAUUUUAAUUAUUCUAAUGUUGCCUAAUAAAAAGACAAUGUUUUUAGCUCAA